UGUGUCACCACUCCCACACCAAACCCUCCCCGUCCAACUCCGAACCGCCAAAUCAACUCCGAUAAACUGCUCCAUUCGCUGCUCCUCGUCGGCACCGCCGACAAUGGACCCUCAAAACCCGCCCAAAAGGGUGGUCGUCUGCGGCGGCGGCGUCAUCGGCGUGUGCACCGCCUACUUCUUAUCCAAAAGGGGCGCGGCCGUGACGCUCGUCGAGAAAUCGUCAAUCGCCUGCGCCGCCUCCGGAAAGGCCGGCGGCUUUCUCGCUUUAGAUUGGUGCGACGGCGGACCCGUCGGAUCUCUCGCGCGGACCAGCUUCAAUCUCCACCGCUCGCUUGCCCAGGAACUCAACGGCGCGGAAUCGUACGGCUACCGGGCCCUCACAACCCUCAGCCUCUCGAUAACCGAAACGACGCCGUCCUCGUCCGCUCAAUUGGGUAAAAAUUCGGGCCGUCCCGGUGUUCCCUCCUGGGUCGAUGGGCCGGCGAAAGGCCCAAGGACCAUCGGGACGACAGAGACGACGGCCCAAGUGCACCCUCAGCUGUUCACGAAGACGCUGCUGGCGAAGGCCGUGGAUGAGUACGGGCUGAAGGUGGUGAUCGGAAAAUUGGAGACGGUGGCUGUGGAGGAAAGGAAGGCGAAGGCGGUUGCUCUGGAGGGCGGUGGAGAGAUUGAGGCUGAUGCUGUUGUGUUGGCUCUUGGGCCUUGGACGGUGAAGUUCUCACUAUUGGGCUCGAUUUUUAGGGUUUAUGGGGUUAAGGCCCAUAGCAUUGUCUUGGAGCCUGGAGAUCCUAGUGCGAUAACACCUCACGCAUUGUUUCUGAGUUAUUAUCCGGCCCAAGGUGGGAAGCCCAUGGACCCAGAGGUGUAUCCUCGUCCAACAGGAGAGGUUUACAUAUGUGGGAUGUCGGCCGAGGCAGAAGUACCAGAUGAUCCCGAGCAGGUAAACCCAGUGCCCGAAUCUAUACAGGUUUUGAAAACAGUAGCAAGAAAUGUGUCGACUCAGUUGGCCGAAGGGGAGGCUCGGGUGAAAGCUGAGCAGGCGUGCUUCUUGCCUUGCACGGAUGAUAGUUUACCGGUUAUUGGACAAGUUCCAGGAAUUGAGGGAUGUUAUGUAGCCACGGGUCAUAGCUGUUGGGGAAUAUUAAAUGGGCCGGCCACAGGUGCAGCUGUGGCCGAGCUUGUGAUGGAUGGAUGUUCGAGUAUUGUUGAUCUUACCAGGUUUAGUCCCACCAGGUUUGUUUGUUCUGGAAAAUAGUGUAAAUGAGCUGUUGUGUUAUUUUUUGUAUCAUGUUGAGUUUGUGAUGAAACUUUGGGAGUUCUUUGAAAGUAUUGUUGAGAGGUGUGUCAUGUGAAUGUUAUCACUACUAGCUCUUGAAUUUAAACAUAUUUUAUGUAUAUUUGUGUUCCUGUCUGGUCAAUGUGUUUUUGCCACUGCGUUAACUUUGAUGGAAAAUCAUGUUACUGGAUGAGGUUUUUGUUUUUUUGUCUGGAC